AUACAUGUAUAACCUAUCCAACACGUCUUUGAAGUUGAAGCUAAGAGCCGAGUCUUUGAUAACCGGCGCUAAAGCAAGGUAUCAAAGUCGUCAAACGACGACCGCUAGUACAAAAAAGCCAGACUCGCCAGGCCAGGAUGUGGUAGAUGUUAUAAUCUGACCACGUGCGCCAUCUUGCUCCGUCCCAUCAGAUUCACUCCCACCAUCGCCAACUUUGCCUGCCUCCAGUCUCAGUUCGACGUCAUGGAGAAAACGAUGCGUUCACCGUCCUGCGUCACCACCGUCAUCGCUAUAUAACCCCGGACCACUACUGGGAGAGAGCAACUUUGACUUUUCCCCAGCAAUGUAUUAUGACCAAUCUAUUGCUCAUCGCAAUGGCAGUUAUACCUCAGGAAACAAGGAUGUCCAAUCGCAGAGUUAUGGCGCGCGAGCGGACGAUAACAUCGCCUCUCAUUCCGAUAACUCUCACAGCGGCGGGGCAAGAACGAUGAAAUCUGAACCUUACAGUCACACCGGCGAGGGUUCUUCAAUGAAUACUGGAUCCGUUCGAUACGAUAAUUACGUGCCCGGCGACGACAACGAAGAUUCAAGCAGUCGAGAUAUCACAUCGAGUCGCAACAGCGAUUAUGAAUACGAACAAGAACAAGGUGCUGGUCGCGGAGCCGAGGCGCAAAGUAAUGAUGCUGAGGGAAAUAUCCCAGAUACGGGUAAUGAUGACUUUGGAGCUGGGGAUAUUGGUCAACCCAUUAGCAAUGGGUAUGAUUCUGGGUCCGCUGGAUGGGCGCGCGAGAAUUCAGUGUCCGAUGAUUCGUUAGGUGCUUCGAGGGGUCCUGGUUAUGCUGGUGAUUCUGCUCCUGACACCUCUGCAGUUGGCGACCCUGCUGCUUCUCGUGGUGAUACAUAUGAUACGGGUGGAGCAGACCGCAAUCUCGAUUCAGAGAGCAUAGCAUAUUCUGGCGUACAAUCUACUAGCGGUGAUACUGGUAACAGCAAGAAUGCAGGAAGCUAUGAUGAGUCGAGGAGUGCACUUGCUAGUACAUUUGAGGAAGCUAGUACUAGCGACACUGGCACGAAAGGCGAAGAAAGCACAGGUUCUACAGGAGACCACGAUCCAAGCAUCGGUGCUUCUACGACAAGUGACGCUCCUGAUGCAGACAAUGGCGCCUAUCAAGGCGGGAGUACUCGCGCUCGUCGUGACGACACCAAGGGGGGAACGGACACCGACAACUACGGCAGGUCACCCUACGACUCCACAAACGGAGGUCGUGAUACGCAAACUACCUCCUCGGAUGGUCAAACCUUACCCAGUCAGCGCGGUUCCUCUACUCUUGACGACGAUCAACAGGUUCAAGACGCUACCAUAAGAAGCUCCAAGGCAGACGCUGGUGCAUCAACUUCUGAUGAUCGACCUUCGGUCAGUGAGGGCCAGACUUCAAGCAAAGAUCUUCAACAGAAUCGUGAUAUGACGUCCGACACAUCUGGCUCUAGGAGCGAUAAUCCUUCCACUAACACCAAGUACGGCGGGUCACCCUACGAUACCACAGGCUUAGGUCGUGAUUCACGGACUACCUCCUCGGACAGUCAGCCCUUAUCCACUGUUCAGCGUGGUUCCUCAGCGCCUUGUGACAAUCAACAAGGUCGAGACGCCGCCGCCGCCAAGACACCGAGGAAAGAUUCCAACAUACAGUCUGUCAGCGCCGAUACUGCAGAUCACAGAAGUUAUGACAGAGGUGCUGAUACUUCCGAGACUACGACCGGUAACCUCUUCCCAUUCGAACUUCCAAGUUCUCACUGUUUGCAGGCUACACUGGCAAUAAAAGCACCGAAGAUACUGGUCCUAUCGGAGACAGUAAUUUAGGUACCAAUGUUUCUGCGACAAGCGGCAGUAUCAAUAAAGAGAGUGAGGGUUGGAAGGAUGCAGGUGCGCGUACCGAGGAGCCGGACACCAGCAGCUCGACCUACGACGCAAGCGAUGUGCGUGGUGACUCACAAACCGAUACCUCGGACGGAAAGACUUCAUCCAGUCAACAAACUUCCUAUGCUCUUUACGACGAUGAACGAGGUCGAGAUGUCCCCACCAGUGAGCCCAAGGCAGACGUGGACAAUAAUGACUCCUCGC